ACACUCACACAUACACACACACAGAGGACAGAGUUCUGUUUUUGGAGAGGGAGGAGAAAGGACUACACGGAGGGCUACACUGCUCUUAUUCUGCAGGAAAAUGAGCCGGGUGAAAUCUCUCGCGUCCGUUAGGAAACCAUGAAGUGUCCUUAGUGUGUGUGCGUGUGUUUGUUUGUUUUUUAUUAUCGGCUAACAGGAAAGGGGGGGCUGUGAAGUAGAGGCGCUCCUCCGAGUGUAGUCCUCCACCGUACGCAGGGAGCCACGCUGUUGUUGCCAGUUUCUCCGAGGAAAAGGACGGGUUCAGCCGAGAAAGACCGGAGAAGAAGAAGUUUGUGCAAGAUGCAGGGGGUUUCAGCUACUGACCUCCCUGCCUCCUCUCUGCAGUACCAGUGUGGAUCAGUGGACUAUGUGUGUUCUCCACGGCUGGUAAAGAAAGGUCCAACCCCCAGACCAUGUCACGAGAGGCCUGCUAUCAAACCCCGGCCUCAGCCCUCCACCUCACCCAGGCCGCCAACCGCACAGAAACCUCAAGUGCCCCCUAAACCUGCGCACCUGCUCGCCCUUGGGCAAGACAAGAAACCUAAGAGGAUCCCCCCGGCGCCCUGCAGGCCUUUGCCGGCACCCCCUCCUCCACCUAAACCAAAGCCCAAUCUACCCCCCCCUGGCCCGGGUGCACAGCCGCAGAGAGAGGCCCAGAAGGUUGGGCUGCUCAUCGAGAGGUUUGAGAAUUCGAGGGUACCCAUCCUGGGGGUGCUCCCACGGUCCCAGCUACACCUGUGUCUGAGAAUGGACACUGCGUCUGACAUCAACUCCUCCUGCGGCCAGGACACCACAGCGAAGGUCGCAGGAGACCCCUCCUCCUCGGACAAACUUGCACUCAGCGCCUCUGAACGGACUGACGAGGCGUCCGCCGAACUCUCCUGCCUGGCCUCCAUGCGCAUCGACGGCUCGGACGACGCCGUGCUGGAUGACUGUGCGGAGGACGACAUUGCGCGGCACGCCAUUGGUUGCCUUGACGACGUGGAGAGGGAGGAGGGCUCCUCCCACGAGCUCCUGGACAAUCCAGACUCCUCGGAGCAGAACGGGAAGAUUCCCAACCGGGACAGUGGCAUCGACAGCCCGUCGUGCGCCGCAGAAGGGGAGGUGUUCCCCAACGAGGACGCCAUUGAUGAGGAGGAUCAUUACGACAGCAUCACCGAAACUGAGAGUGUGUCCUGCUGCGUUACCCUGGGCAACAAGCGAGACUCAACACAGGAUGAGGACAGUGACUUGGAUGAGGGGAGCAGUGGGGAGAUACACUCUCUGACAGACACACAGACUGGGUAUCUGACAGAUACAACCUCAGAGGCACAUAAAUGCUCAGAGUCUCAGAAGCUCCUGAACAUCGCCAAAGAGCUUCUCCACACUGAAGAGGCUUAUGUCAAAAGACUCAACCUCCUCGACCAGGUAUUUUGCACUAAGCUCACAGAGGCUGGAAUCCCUCAGGACGUCAUUACAGGGAUCUUCUCCAACAUCUCCUCUAUCUACUGCUUCCAUGACAAGUUCCUGCUCCCCGAGCUCAAGACUCGCAUUACCGGAGAAUGGGACUCCAACCCUCGUAUCGGAGACAUCCUCCAGAAACUGGCUCCAUUCAUGAAGAUGUACGGAGAAUAUGUGAAGAACUUUGACCGAGCCAUGGACCUGGUCAACACCUGGACGCAGCGGUCCUCACAGUUCAAGAGUGUCGUCCAGAAUAUACAGAAACAGGAUGUGUGUGGAAACCUGACGUUGCAACACCACAUGCUGGAGCCGGUCCAGAGGAUUCCUCGCUACGAGCUGUUGCUCAAAGACUACCUGAAGAAGCUGCCUGAUGACGCUCUCGACCGAAAAGACGCAGAGAAGGCACUGGAGCUAAUCUCUACUGCAGCUAACCACUCCAAUGCAGCAAUCAGGAAAAUGGAGAAGAUGAACAAGCUGCUGGAGGUUUAUGAGCGGCUUGGGGGAGAAGAGGACAUAGUUAACCCAGCCAAUGAGCUCAUCAAAGAAGGACAUAUCAAGAAGAUGUCAGCCAAAAACGGAACAGCACAAGACCGAUACCUCUACCUGUUCAACAAUAUGGUGCUAUACUGUGUGCCUAAACUCAGACUGAUGGGACAGAAGUUCAGCGUCAGAGAGAGGAUUGACAUCGCUGGCAUGGAGGUGCAGGAGAAUGUGAAGCAGAACCUUCCUCACUCGUUUGCCAUCAUCGGCAAGCAGCGUUCACUGGAGCUGCAAGCCAGGACAGCUGAGGAGAAGGAAGAUUGGAUUCAGGUGAUCCGGGCCACCAUCGAAAGGCACAAACAAAACAGCGAAACAUUCAACAAAGCUUUUAACAGCUCCUUCUCUCGAGAGGAUGACCAUCUCCCUGACUCACCGGGUCCCUGGUGCAACACGUCCAUGGACUCAGAUAGUGAAAAACUGCAUGAAAGGAAGAGUUCCAAGAAAAAGGAGAAAGAGAAGCAAACUUGUAAAGGCUGUAGCGAGAGCUUCAAUUUCACCAAGCGCAAACAUCACUGCAAGGCCUGUGGAGCGGCCAUCUGCGCAAAGUGUUCAAAGACUUUGGACAACAAAACGAGCAAAGUGUGCCCAGAGUGUUUCGACGCCAGCCUCAGCCUGGAGAACUUCGGUGUCAGUGAGCAGAAAAGGAAAGCUGCGCCUGAGAGACAGACAUCUCUAACAGGGGAGAACUGUUUACUGUGUGGCCACCUCCAAGUGCAAGAGAAAGGGAAGAGUUGGGCCAAGAUGUGGGUGGCUGUGACCAAGACUGAGCCACUGGUGCUGUACUUGCAGAGCAAUGGACAGGACUCCAAGGGGGCACGGGUGGUGCCUCUUCCUGGUUUCGAAGUGAGCGUGAUGCAGCCAUCAGCCGCAGAGAAGUCAGAAGUCAAGCACGCACUCCGGCUCAGUAACACCCAGCAAACUUUGCUCCUAAGUGCCCAAGACGCAGAGCUUCAGGCCAAGUGGGCGGACGUUCUCUCCAAAGCUUCCCGCGGAGAGACGCCCACAGACGCAUCGACGAGCAUGACUGAAAACAGGAAAAGCCAAUAGUGGCCAUGUUGGAGCCAAAGGACUCGCGCCCCCUCUUCUCCCUCCCUCCUCCCUCCCUCUCCUGUGUAUAGAGCACACAUUACUUGAAUUCACUUAACCUUGGCACUUUUUUUUUUUUUUUUUUUUUUUUCUUUUGAAAGGACCACUCAAUCCUUCCUAUGCCACUUCAGUCUUAUCUUCAUGGCUACUUCUUCCCCUCUUUCCAUCUCUCUGUCUCCCUUGAAUAAAAACUCGCAAAAAGAAGAAGGACUAUGCUAUCAUGCCACCAAACGCCACUGUAUGUAUGUGUGGUUAGGAUAUUUUAUUUCUCUCAGUGUUUUCAACAGUUCAGAGAGGAUUGCUGAAGAACUCAUGUUUUAUUUGUAAUAUAGUUGAAUAAGGUUUCUGUAAGUUUUUUUUUUUAAAGAUGAAGUUCCUUGUACAUGCGACCGUGUUGUGAAGCAUUAACUCUUAUGUCUGUCUUUCCAUUCGUACGAAUGUGUGUGUAUGUAUGUGUGUGUGUGUAUAUGUGUGUGUUUGAAGGUGAGCCCACUCCCAUGUUUAUUAAGUAUUGAAUGUUAGUGUAAGUAACCUGCGCCACCUCUCUGUUCUCUUCACUCAUGUUUGGGGACAGUGGCAGUUCAGUGGGUAUUGUACAGUAUGUAUACUAUAGUGAGAUGUAAGGAAACAAAGGAAAAAAAGACAUUUUAACUUAAAAAAAAGAGAACACAGAGAUGUGUACACUUGUGGCUGGCCACCUGAUGCUCCCACUGUCAGCUCCCAUCUUACAGACUCUCUCCUCAUACUCCUCUCUCCUGUAGCGGUAAUAACUCUCUCCCAUUAUCGUCUUUGGACACUGAGACCUCUAAUCUGAGUCUGAUCCACCACAUUUCCACUCUCUCAUUAUUGUGACUCGUCCAGAUGAGAGCACACAGCCAGAAUGGGAUCACAUGGCCUCAAUCCUGACCCAGUGCUGCAGGUUCAGAAAUAAAUAAAUAAAUCCUGUGUAGUUCUCUCUCUCUCUCAGCAUAGCAACCGUUUGUCCGCUUCUCUUCCCUUUGGUGAUGUGAUGGAAACCAAGUACUGUACUGUAAAACUGUUUAUUCUGCCUUGCCCCCCAGUACCCUGCUCCUAUCAGCACCAGCCUUUAAGCAAAAGUAGCAACAAAAAAAAGAAAAUCUCAUCAUUGGAUCUCUUUGUGCAUGUAAACUCACUCAUAUUUAUGUACCGUGCUUUGAAAUCUUGCCCCACCCCGCCCCUCCCCCUCUUUUUAUGCUCCAGAAUUCAUUCUUUGUCGUACUGUAAGUGAGCAGAGUCAGCAUUGUGUUUUUAAACAUGGAUUGUGCACAGUGGAAAAGCAGUCAAGCAUAUCAUCAAUAAAAACAGAUGUUGUGGUGCACUCAGUACCACAUUGUCCGAGCA